GAGUCCUACUUCAGGGUCAGGUGAACAGGAAACGAGGCAGAUUUGGUGCUGCAGAAAAGGCAUAGGAGUUUGGAAUUGGAUCUGGGGACGUAUUUGCGGGUGGGGACGGGGACGGGGACACUUUGGAGAAGACGAAGAAGUAGCCUACCUUCAUUCGCUGCUGACCAGCACAACGAACUUCCUCAAUUGUGUUUGCAUAGCAAGAUGGCUCCAGCAGGGGACACGAGAACAGCAAAAGUGUGUGAAGAGUUGGACCAGCUCAUCCUCCACUUUUUUGACACUCUGGAGAUGCUCCAGGCCAAGAGAGAAGCUUUGAACAACCUGGUAGAGCAGGGUUGGUUCUCCCUCUCCAAGUCCCGUUAUGCCAUGGGCAACAAGUCUGUCUCUACCCUGCAAUAUGGGCAUCAGAUGACUCCACUGGUUCAGGUGCAAACUAGUGAGAGAGAGGAGUGUCAGGUAGAGUUUCAUAUCAUCCCAGAAGAUGCUGCCAAACAAGGGGCUGAAGGGACAGCCAUUGUAGAAGAAAUUGGCCCCAAUGAACAAGCUCUACGACGGCGGAAGGGACCAGGAAAAAUGGAAGACCUGGCCCAAACCCAGAAUGCAGCCACCCAACCUGCAGAGGGAUUAGGGCACCGAGACCCCCUGAACUGGUUUGGAAUUCUCGUGCCCCAAAGUCUCCGACAAGCCCAAAAGACUUUCCGAGAAGGAAUCCACUUGGCUGCAGAAAUUGCCUCAUUACAGAGUAAAAUUGAGGCCGCUCAGAGAAGUUACCAUGCAUUGCUGAGAAGAAAACAUGACCUUGUUGCCAAAAAGGACCUGGGCCACUCUUGACCAGCUCUAACAGUUUCACUGCUGAAAUGUGGGGACUUCUAUAUUUAUUAGAACUUAUCCCUGAAAAACUUCCAGUCGUUCCAUGCUUAAAUACUUAUCUGCAUAUAACAUUCUGAUGAAUCAAUAAAGGGCUUGUGUUUCAUUAUGCUUCUCUGUUACUGGAAUUGUGUGUGUUGAAAUACAACAUACUUGGAAAGCCUGG